AUGGGCGGCGAAGACGGCGGCGGUAUGGGCGCUCCUGCUGCGGGCGGCGGCGGCGGCGGCGGUGGUGGUCACAAUGCCGCUUCCGACACCAACCACCAGCGACAAAACUCCGAGUCGAUGAAGAUCAAGCACAUCCCCACCUUCGACGCCGCCGAGAUGCGCGAAGCCAUGUCGCCUACCGGACCCAUGACCCCGAACCCUUUCAGUCGCAAGAACACCAGCAUCGACCUCGACGACUACUUCACCGGUCCUCGCGACAUCCUCAAGCACUCAAAAUGGCCCCUGUUCAUGCAGAUGCACGGCAGCAUUCUGCCCAAGAUGAUCGUCCCCCUACUCUGGAUGUGUCUGUGGUCCGCCUGUAUUACCUGCAUUCACAUGCUCAAGACCACGAUGGCUGUCGACUCCGUCCUGCUGACCGUUCUGGGUUUUGUCGUCGGUAUGGGUCUUUCUUUCCGCAGUUCUACCGCCUACGAACGUUACGCCGAGGGUCGCCGCUACUGGGCGCAACUCAUCCUCGCCUGCCAGAACCUUGGUCGCGUUUUCUGGAUCCACGGUGGCGAUCCUGAGAACAUUGACCGCAGACAGUCCCUGCUCCGCAAGAUUGGCUGCAUGAACCUGCUCCUCGCCUUCUCCGUCGCACUCAAGCACAAGCUGCGCUUCGAGCCUUACACCGGCUACGAGGAUCUUGAGCACCUCGUUGCGCACCUGUCGACCUUCGCCCAGGAGGCCACCGCCGCUGAGCCCGAAAAGGUCCAGGAGAGAAAGAAGAACUUCUUCAAGGAGACGGGCGAGUACCUCGGCGUUUCUUUCGCCGCCAGCAACCCUCGCAAGACGAUCAAGAAGGCCUCCCGCCCCCUCGGUAACCUUCCUCUCGAGAUUCUCAGCUACAUCUCUUGCCUCGUGGACAAGAUGGUCGAAGACGGUCAGCUUAAGGUGCCGAUGCAGCAGACCAUUGCCUACAACAACAUCUCCCUCCUCAACGACAUCAUGACCGGUACCGAGCGUGUUCUCACCACCCCUCUGCCCAUCGCCUACACCAUCGCCAUCAGCCAGAUUACCUGGGUUUACGUCAUGCUUCUGCCCUUCCAGCUCGUCGGCAAGCUCGAGUGGAUCACGAUCCCCGCUACCGUCGCCGCCGCGUAUAUUAUUCUCGGUAUCCUCUUCAUCGGCCGUGAGAUUGAGAACCCCUUCGGCGAGGACGUCAACGACUUGCCCCUCGAGCUGUACUGCGAACAGGUUGCCUCUGAGCUGGACAUCAUCUCUUCGUUCGAGAAGAGCGACCCGUACGCCUUCAUGGAGUCCGGCCUCAACUUGCCCCUCUUUCCCGCCUCCAUGGCUCCCUACCCCAUCUGGAUGACGCGCUCCGAGAACCGCGUCCACACCGCCAUCGUCAACAAGCACGACACCGUAUUCGAGUUCCGUAAGAGGGUUGUCCUCGAAAAGGUCGCGAGCAACGCCGCCGGUGGCAAGUCGGAAAAGAAGACAAGUAGCGAAGCUACUGUCACCUCCAAUGGAGAUCACAACGUAUAG